AUGAUCGGACGAACCGUGGCCAAGUCCGGGUUCACCGUUCGUAGAAAUUCGGAGAAUUGGAGUGGCGCCUGGGGCCCUCCGAUGUCCAACGUCAAGGUCAAGACGCUCAAACUCUUCCAGAAGGUAAAUCAUUUCCCGGGCGCUCUACAACUUAGCCGAAAGGACUGUCUUUGGAGGAACAUGAAAAAAAUGAUAGAUCAGUUCGGCAGAUCGGAAUUCAAUUUCACUCCGGCCACCUUCGUGCUACCGGAGGACUCGAGGAGGCUACGAAAAAUAUUCGAAACUCACGGUGGCGUCUGGAUCGCCAAGCCACCGGCGGGUAGUAGCGGUAACGGAAUUCACGUUGUCUCAAAGUGGUGCGAAAUACCCAAACGAUGCCCGUUGGUCGUCCAACGGUACAUCAGCCGACCCAGGCUGAUCCAAGGCGUUAAAUUCGACAUGCGAUUGUACGCGCUGAUCACCAGCGUCCACCCCCUGCUCGUCUACGUCUACUCGGAGGGUUUGGUGCGCUUCGCGACAUCCAAGUACAUUCGCGAUGUCGAGCAUUUGUACGACAGGUACAUGCACCUCACCAAUACCUCGGUGAACAAAACGAGCCCGAGAUUUAGGCCGAACGACAGCCUGGAUAAGCGCAAGGGUAACAUGUGGUCACUUAAUAGCCUCUGGUCGUACUUGGCUAGCAGACAACAAGCGGACAUCCCCAAACUCUGGGAAAGGGUUAAGGAUAUCGUUAUAAAAACGAUCAUCUCCGCCGAGGCUAAAAUAGUGGAAACGUCGGACUCCACGCUACCCUCCAAGUACAACGCUUACCAAUUACUGGGUUUCGAUAUAAUUCUCGACGACGAUCUGAAUCCUUGGCUAUUGGAGGUCAAUAACCAGCCGUCCAUGGACCCGGACACCCCGCUCUGUUCGAUCGUGAAAGGCCAAUUGGCCAAGGAUUUUCUGAACAUCGUCGGUUUUCAAAUUCCCGACACAAUACCGGCGGAAGACGCCCGCUACCUGAUGGAAAAAUACAAACAGUCUCCGUUGUGCUUGGACAAUCGAUUGCACGAAAUCACACUGACGGAAACUGAAAAAGGGAAGCAAGAUCGUUUCGUGAACGGUAAAAAUCGGGCUGAUUACCUUCGAAAUAUUCUCGACACCCUGACCCCUGACGACGUGAGGCAUUUGAUUCGCUACGAAGACGAGGCGACGCAACUCGGAGGUUUCGAGAAAAUAUUCCCCACGAGAACCACUUACGAUUAUCACAAGUUCUUCGAUAAACCGAGGUACUACAACAGGCUCUUGGACGCAUGGGAGGAAAUGUACGCUUCGGAUAAAACUCGGGGCAUAUUGCGGCUGCAAAAACUUUGCGAGAAGAAAUAUCACUUGCCCGGGUCUUUCGCCGCGCUCGACACUCCACGGGAUAUUUGA